UCUCUCUCUCUCGCUCACUCUCCUGUGUUGGCUUUCCUUUCUUUUUCUUUGAUAAAGAUUGUCUCUUUCCUCCCACGCGAUCUCCACAAUCUCGCCUUUUUGAGGUCGCUUUUCCUUUUCUUCAACCAUUUCUCACUCUUUGCGUUCGUGGGUGUAAAAGACGAGAGCUUUCACGGGUGACGGAAAGGGCUGGAAGAUGGGGAAGUAUACGAGGAAAGCUAGGGUCACCGGCGAGGUCGCGGUCAUGGAGGUCUCCCGCCACCAGUCCACGGACGGCGUCCGCACCCGCGCCCGGACCCUCGCCGCUGCCGCCGCCGCAUCGGACUCCUCCCUCGCCUACCUUGAGCUCCGGAGCCGCCGCCUCGAGAAGCCCGCGCCUCUGGCUCCGACCUCCAAGCCUGGUAAGGACGCCUGCAAGGAGGCCCCCAAAGCGAGUGCCGAACCUGGGGUUAGCUCGACGGAUUCGGGGUCGGUCGGGUCUGCCCGGACCAGGAGGUGUUCGGACAAGGAUGAGGAUGUCGCGGACACGACGGCGGUGGAUGCGGCUCCGGACGUGGAGGUAUCGUUCGGAGAGAACGUGGUUGAUGUUGAAGCGAAGGAAAGAUUUGUCAGGGAGACCACGCCUUGCAGUUUGAUAAGGGAUUCAGAGACGAUAGAUACUCCGCGUUCUAUGACCAGACCUACUAACUCAUCUGCCACUAACCAAAGAAGGCACGCUCUCUGCCAUAACAUCCCUUCCUCACAGGACAUUGAAGAGUUCUUUGCUAACACAGAGCAGCUCCAGCAGCAAAAUUUUCAAGAACAGUACAACUUUGAUUUCGUUAACGAGUGCCCGCUCCCUGGUCGGUAUGAAUGGGUGAAACCUGACAUCUAGGUUGCAGAUCAUCAUUUGGCCCUGCUUAUUUUCCUGAAACUUCUCUGAUGAUAUCUUUCAAAUCAAAGCAGAGGCAAUGGUGGUGUCGAGUUGCUGUUCUUUCUUCUGUUGUAAAUCCAAAUACCCGAAAGAUAAGUUCCAUCUUACGGUAUGUAUCAUAUGGUGCUGAUGAACUAUACCUAGAAAUGAAGUGCAAAGUCAGUAGACUAUUAUUGUAAAAGGCUUUUACAGCGACAAACAAGUCAUAUCUUUACAAUUUCCUUCAUGUUAGAAACAGUUACACCCUUCGGAUGAACCCGAAAAACCUUAUGAUGAAAUGAAAAUGAUCCUAAAGUCGUCGUUCUUUA